AGGCCAACGCAGGGCCAACGCGUGCCAACGCCAAGCUUGGCACCUUGCAGCCUUGCAGCGUCGGCGCCUCGGGUCGGGGACUUCCGAGUUUGCUUGCUCUUUUUCCGUGCUCGUAGUCGCGCUGAGCGGCCGUUUCGCGGUUCGGUCUUUAUCGACUGCCGUACUACUUCUCGUUGCACGUUCAGCGCGACUCGCCGCGCAUCGCUGAGGGACGCGACGGCGAUCAGCGUGCGCCAGACCGGUGAACUCGCCCCUGCGACCGCGGUCACAGCCACUUGACCGGACAUGCCGUCGUCCCCACGCGUUCAAGCGUCACCGUGCGAAGUCGACUCCUUUUAGAGGCGUUCGUCUAGCAUUUGGUGAAGGAAUUUUUAUAGCGGCGGCGUCUUGCAGUUUACACGUGGUAGUGGGGUAAUCUACCGUAAUCAUGUCGACGAGACGGUCCCGGAUCCAAAUCAAACCGAACUUGGGACGGAAGAGUGACGGCCCCGCGGGGUCGGGACCGCGAAAGCCGACACCGGCUGCCCCAGCGGCGGCUCCCACGCCGUCGGCGACGUCGGGUGCCGGUGACAGUGCCGCAGCCGUCACUACGACGAUCGCUGCUCCGGCAGCGCCGGCGCCUCACGAACCCAGCGCGGCUGACCAACCGGACGUCGCGAGUGUUCCGGAGCAGCCGGCAACGGUGCCGGCGGUUGAGGAGCCCGCUACCACUCCGACCGCGGCGGCUCCCCCUGAAGAGACGACGCCUUGCGUUGCAGAUGCCGUCGCGGAGACACCAGCCAAGACCCCUGAACCAACACAGGCCGAGCCGGCCGUGACCAAGUCCCCCAUCAAGCGACCUGCGCCUGUCGUUCCAGCUUCCGCGUCACCAGAAAAGGUGGCCAGGCCAUCUGAAACAUUGGAGCCACCAGCCCCGCAGGAGCCGGCCCCUACGCCUAGUGCACCAUCGGAGCCACAGACUCGCAAGGGGGAAAAGCAGGUGCGACGUCGCAGCAGGCGCCCUGCUCCACGGAAGCCACCUACAGACCGCAGUGCCAUGACCAUGCAGGACCUGAUCUACUACAACCCGCCUGGAAAACCCAUGCCGGAGAAGCCACCUAAGACGUUGCACAAGGACAAGGCACCUGCGGAGACAGAGUCGGUCGCCGACACGGAGGAGCAGCAAGUCGACGACGUCGCCGAAGAGGAGGAGGAGGAAUCCGUGGACGUGGGACCCCGAGUACGACUCGGUCCCAACGGUGAGAUCACCCUGGACGAGGAGAGCCUGGUGAUCCGCCGGCCGGCAGUGCAGCCCACAAUGCGCGCCAUCGUCUACGAGACCGGUGGCGAGACCAACUACGCGUCCUUCCGCAAAAACCCCAAGGGCCGGCGCACGUGGACGGAGAAGCAGACGGCACGCUUCUACAGGGCGCUCAGUGCCUGCGGCACUGACUUCUCGCUGAUGGCCAGCUUCUUCCCGAAGCGCACGCGCCAGGAGCUCAAGAACAAGUUCAAGCGAGAGGAACGCCGCAACCGAGAGCUUAUCGACCGCACCAUCAACGACCCCACCCAGUUUGACAUCGAGGACCUGAAGGCAGAGUCCGACGACCCUGACGAACCCGAGAGGGCAGAGCCCGCCCCCAAGCGUGGGAGGGGCCGCAAGCGCAAGGCCCCGCCCACCGAAGACAAUGGCGUCCGGGAGGAAGUGGUCGAAGAGGAGGUGGUGCACGAGGAGAUCAUUCUGCCGGACGAGUCAGAAACCGAAAAGACCGCAGACGAGACGACAGGACCUGCCACUGUGGGAGGGAGCUCUGCAGUGACGGUGGGACCUUGCGUGUCCGGUGGUGUUGCCUCCGCAGCGGCGGGCGGACAGACGCCUCCGCUGCGGCUGCAGGCCGGCCAGCUGGUGUUCUACGCCAGCCGGACACAGGAGCAGGUCGUGCAUGUGUUUGUGGUGGCGCCGCCCCAGGCCGGCGCGAGCAGCGAACUGGCCGCUCGCCUCAGCAGUCCGCCUUUACAGCAUGCUGCCGCGGCGGCCCCACCCUCUGCUGCUUCCUAGUGUUGCUCCGACGGAUGUGUUCAGUGUGUGUGUGCGCCCAAGGUGAUGACCUCUUGUGGUGUCGUGUUUUGGUGCGCUCUCUCGGAAUGUGGCGCGUGUCGUGGUGAACGUUCUGCGUUCGUGUGUGUAUGUGAACCCAGACCGUUCACGACGUGCACGUCUGGACUGUGUACUGUUGCUCACGCUUGGCAUAGGAGUUGAGCAUCUGUGCGUGCGCAUUUGAGUGUGGUGUGGUGGCGUCGAUGUGGACGCAGCUUGCUGCAGUGGUCCGUUGGGGCCGAUGGAGUGCGGGGCAACAAGGGGUGGGCCGGUUCUCCACCGGUUAUGCGCCUUGCCGGGUCCUACGCUUUGCGGACGACGUGUCGCAGCGGAGGUUAAGUGAUGCGAUCUUCGGCAGUGCCAGUGCAAUCUUCCCACACCGUUGCCUUCCACGUGACUGACUUGACUUGGCUAGGAUUGCCAUGUCGGAUUUGCUAGCGUCUUAGCGCUUGCGUCUCGAGGCAGGCUGUGUGGAAAAAAAAAAACUGCCGCUCUUACUUGUCGCCAUGUGAACCGUUGCGUCCCAUCCAAUCGAGGACAGCGAGCGAAUGCACGAAAAGACUGUGUUCUUCCCAGAUGGGACAGACUGCAAUCAAUGGUACUCAUACCGUGCUUCCCAAAGCAGAAGCUAAUCAGCCAAAGCCACUUAUACAUGUUACGAAUAGCCGCCAUCUUGCAUGAAAUCUGCACAGAGGUCACAUGGCAAUAUUACUUCAUGUAUGUAUGUGAUGGUCGAGCAUCGCUAUUUAUUGCCAAGCCUCUCAGCCUGACGUGUCGGCUGUUUGCUGAAGACGCCAUGUUUUUUGUUGUUUUCUUUUUGAAGUGCAUCCUCUUGAGUUUGCACUUCUGUUCCAUGUGCUCUCAGGAAACUCACAAGAGGCAUUUCUUUAGACAUGCGAAUAUUUUUCUUAACCAUGCUGACGUAGGCAAGGCCUGAUUAUGCUUUGCAAGCGUUGCGACGGCACUUUUCAGUUUCUCGUCGUGGUGGAAACUUUUCUGGAUGAAUGCAAGUUCCUGUAGAGAUUGUGUGCUGGGUGAAAGCACUUAUAUACUUAGAGUAUUAAUACGCUAUUUAUUCUGGAACAUAGGUUCAUGUACAACAGUGGGCAUUGCGGCAAAGUGCAACUAUGGCUGUCCUAGAGUGCUGCCUGAAUUUGGCACACUGCACUUCAGUGUACUCCUAAUGAAACAGUAUAGAAGCAUUUCAUGUAUGUAACGCACGGAAUGUGUGGUUUCGACGAGCACUGUUUGACGGUAGUGGCUGGAGUAGAUGUCUGCACUGUAGAGGUGGCAAGUCGACGGAUUUGGGCAGCGUGAUGUAUAAACAUAUUUUUCCCGCAGAGUUACUGAAUAAUCUGAAAGUGUUGCAUGUCAAGGUGUACACACGAUCACAAUAGCUCACAGGCCUUUCUACAUUAAGUACCCUUGUUCUUAGGGUACUUGCGGCAACCCUUGCAUGUUUAGCUGUUUUGCACUGCUGGAGGCUCCUAAAUGGGGGGAGGGAGAAAAACAUCAUGAAGGGCUUUGAAAUUCCAUUAGUUGAAUGGGUUAAUCACUAAAGUUCAAAAAGUCUGCUUUUGUUUCACGCCGAGCUGCGUCGCUUAUUUUGAUAAUCUGAGUGGCAUUCAUGAAAUUUGCCUCGCCUAAAUGGCUGCCAAUCGCGACAGCAAUCCGUGAACAGCGUGAGGAUGACCAGUAAAGAAAAUCCAAUCAGUGUGGCAGUUUGGUUACUGCAGUAAGAGAGUCCUUGGCACACGCAAACUACUUUGUGUCCUGUGCACCCAUCUUGUAUCUGUGACUGCUAAACACUUAAAG